CUCCAUCAACCUGGGCCUCUGCUCUUCUAAAAAGGAUACAAGCUCCUCCAUCAACCUGGGCCUCUGCUCUUCUAAAAAGGAUACAAGCUCCUGAUUUUUCACCUCUAUGUCAGCCCAACUCUGUUUGUCAUCUAUUUAUGUUAGAUGCCAAUUGUUAUAGGAGAGGUACAACCCCAUUAAGCCUGGAGUCCCACUUAUGGAUAUCUGUCUUUUCAGUCUUUAUGAUGAAGAACAAAAGAGUAAAAUGCCUGUCAAGUUUGAGAAGCAUUGGGGUGUUUUUUCUUUCAAUGGAGAGGCUAGGUUUUCCUACAACCUCGGUUUGGGUUGUAAAACCCUGAGAAAUGCAGAUGAUGUUCUGUACUGGCCUUCUUGAUGGUGUGUGGCUGACCCCAUAGGGAUUUGGCCUUGGCUUUAGACCACAUGGAGCUAGCUUGUAGUGUUGCUGAUUAUACACCACUUUGUUACAUCGGAAUUCUUGUUGCUUAAUUGAGAGAUUAUUGAGUUUCAGGCUAAAUGAGACAAAUUUACUCUCAGAGCUGUAAGCAGAUGAUUAGGCAAUUUUUACGUCUUCCUCUACAACAACACUUGGACUCUGGCAAUUAUGGGUUUUUAGCUCAUAGGACCCUUUCUUCAUCAUCCUCCUCUUCUGCUUCUUCUUCUUCUGCUGCUUCACAAGUUAGGGAUCUCACUCCUGAGGAGGACAGGAUUUAUAACAUGGAUUUCAAGACUGCCACCGAAAUCCUCUUCCAAGAACCCGCCAGGAAGAAAAAAUUUGGGCUUGACUUUCAUCUGGUACAACUGUUCUUUGCAUGCAUGCCUUCACUUGCUGUUUAUUUGGUGGCACAGUAUGCACGCUAUGAGAUUAGAAGGAUGGAGGCGGAAGUUGAGCUAAAAAAGAAGCAAGAGGAAGAAAAAAAAGCAAAAGAAAUGGAAUCACAGGCAACCGAAAAGGAUUCUGAUUCAGAGCUGCUGCAAGUGAAGACUAGGUUAGAGGCCUUGGAAGAGACUGUCAAGGAAAUUGUAGAUGAAACUAGAAAAGCCUCGCAUACCAACCAAGACAUAGAGAGAGAAACUAGCAAACUUGCUCCCACGGAUCCUAGUAUCAAGGUAGAUGAAACUAUGAAAUCCUCAAGUGCAAACCAAACCAUUGAGAGAGAAACUAGCAAGCUUGUUCCCACUGAUUCAGGUAGCAAUAGUAGUGAAAGUAGUACUAAAAAGACACAAAGCUGAGUAGACAAAAACAGGGAGGAGGCGGGGAGACCAGAUCCUUCAAGUAAUGCGGUGCAUGACCAAAAGAAACAGAGCGGCAACAUAGAAAAAGGGGUGGCUUCUUCAGAUUUGAAAAGAUGAUUCGGGAAAUUAUGCUUCUAAUUUGGGGUAGAAUGUUGGCCGUCUUCCCAGUUUUUUAGCAUCCCAAAUGGUAUAGGUUGAAGUCUAUAUCAAUUGAGUAAAUUAUUGGGCUCAAGUAUUUUUAUCUUUUGACACCAUAAAAAGUGUACCAGAGAGAGGAAAAUUAAUAGUGAGAGAAAAUGAAGACAGCUGGGAAGUGCUGAAGUAUGUAGCUGAAGGCGACUACAAGUUUGAUUGCACCAAUGAUGAUACCCUGUGCAAACUCAUUCCUCGUAAAGGAAAGUAGAGAUUUCAAGCACGUUUGCAGCACAUUUUCAUACCCAUGGCAAAAAUAUCUAAUGUUUAUCAUGAAAUUUUUUUCUACAUAAUUCAGAAGAGUCUAUAGAAAUCCAUGAAUGUUUAUUCCUCAAUUUCAUUUGCAUUAUGCUACAACGGCUGGGUUCCUGAUUUUAAUUUGCUCUAUCUUAUACCCGUGGCAAAAAUAUCUAAUGUUUAUUCUGAAAUAUUUUUCUACAUAAUUCAGAGGAGUCUAUGAAAAUCCAUGUAUGUUAUUUGCUCAAUUUCAUUUGCAUUAUGCAAAAAUGGUUGGGUUCCCGAUUUAAAUUUGCUCUA